UUUUGUUUUGAAUGUGGCUCAGUGCCUCGUUCCGGAAGUUGAUGCACCGAGAAGGUGUGUUUCCGGAAGACGUGGCUGUUGAAGUUGUGGCAGCUGUCAUACAAACUCGUAGAACAUUUGAAGCUUUUCAGUAUCAUUUUCAUUUUGUUACGGUUCGAAAUCCAGAUAUUUAUAAAGCAGCAAGAUGAUUUCCCUGUCGGACUCUCAAAAAAUUGGAAUGGGAUUAACGGGCUUCGGCGUGUUUUUCCUUUUCUUUGGGAUGAUCCUGUUCUUUGACAAAGCUUUACUGGCAAUUGGAAAUAUUCUGUUUGUUGCCGGACUCGCCUUCGUCAUCGGGCUGGAGAGAACGUUCCGCUUCUUCUUCCAGAAGCACAAGAUGAAGGCCACGGGUUUCUUCCUCGGGGGAGUGCUUGUGGUGUUGAUUGGCUGGCCUAUCAUUGGAGUGGUGCUGGAGGUCUAUGGAUUUUUCCUCCUGUUCAGGGGCUUCUUCCCAGUAGUUGUAGGCUUCAUCAGAAGAAUACCAGUUCUAGGCUCCAUCCUCAACCUGCCCUUCAUCAGUGCGUACGUGGACAAAGUGGGUGAGAGCAACACAAUGGUAUAACAGUGACUUUUUUGCAUCUAGGAGAGCCCAGAAAGAGAAAAAAAAAAAAGAAAAAAA